GGCCGGGGCUCGUGCACUGCGAGCUGCUCCGCCGGUGUGGACUCGUCUCGUCCGAACCUCCUGGUACCAAAGAGACAAAGAAAAGCGGCUCGGGUUUGGGCGGGAGCGGGUUUUACCGGCCAGUCCCGCCGCAUUCUGUCUGUCCAGGCAGCUGUUUUUGUGUUUUUUUAUUUUUAUUUUUUAGGUGAGGCGUGUGAUACCUGGACGGGGCGAGGCGGAUGUUAACCUGGGGACGGAGGCGAGGAGGAAGUGCUCACCCCCCGGACCUCCAGACCUCCAGGACCUCCACCCCCACCACCGGUCCCUCGCUCCUCCUCUCCCCCGCCGACGAGGCUCCCCGGCCGGCUGCAGCCGGAGCAGCGUCCCGGUCUCCCGGAGCUCCAGCAGAACAGAGGGGAACAAGAGACAGAUGAUGGACAAUGACUCCCUGGAUGCUUUGUGAAUGAAUUAUCUCCUCUAAAGACGCAGACAGCGGAUGGUUUUAUAGUAUUUUAUUUCAUUUUGGUGAUUUUUUGGGGGGUUUAGCGUUGGUCAGACGCUGAAAACCCCGCAGGGAGGAUCAGCUCAGGCGCGGCCACAAGGACCAACAAUGCGGAUUAUCUCCCGAUUAUUUGCCUUUGUGUGGAUCGACUGAACAGAAAAAGCAAAACAAAGUUGAGAUAGGACUGUCAGGAGGGAGAAGAGCCUGUUUCCCCCCCCGGAUCACCGUUUUAUCACCCAGGACUGGAGGCUGCGUGUUAACCUCAAGGACAGAUCCACGUGGAAGCGCUUGGUGUGAACACGACGACGAUGGCCAACGACUCUGUCCAAAGCGACCCAGGCGGGCUGUCCGUCCUGGAGCAGCUCGGCUUGGACCAGAACUCCGACUUCUCAGACUCCAGCGUCCAGCAGCUUCUGGACGAGCAGCGCGAACGGAUCCGCAGGGAGAUCCGCAAGGAGCUGAAGAUCAAGGAGGGAGCCGAGAACCUGCGGCGGGCCACGACGGACAAGAGGAACGCUCAGCAGGUGGACAGUCAGCUGCGUUCCUCCAACCGCAGGCUGGACGACCUGCACGCUCAGCUGCAGGAGCUGGACGCCCACAUCGUGGUGAAGGGAGGAGAGGAGAAUAAAGACGACUGUCCUCAGUCCCCCGGGGCGGAGAGCUGCACGUCGGCCCACAGGGAGCGCAUCGCCGCCCUGGAGAGGCAGCUCAACAUCGAGCUGAAGGUCAAGCAGGGAGUGGAGAACAUGAUCCCCGUCUACUCCAAUGGCUCCACCAAGGACAAGAAGAUGCUGCAGACGGCUCAGCAGAUGCUGCAGGACAGCAAGACUAAGAUCGACAUCAUCCGUAUGCAGAUACGGAAGGCUGUUCAAGCCACCGAGCACAACGACGACACGCAGGGUAACCAGGACCUGUGCGGGGUGGAGCUGCGUCUCGAGGAGCUGAGGCAUCACUACCGGGUGGAGCACGCGGUCGCUGAGGGAGCCAAGAACGUCCUGCGGCUCCUCGGGGCCAACAAGGUCCAGGACAAGAAGGCUCUGUCCGAGGCCCAGUCCCGGCUCAGCGAGGCGUCCCAGCGCCUGGACCUGCUCCGGGACGCCCUGGAGCGCCGCCUGGCCGAGCUGCCGGACGAUCACCCCAAAGCCAACCUGAUCCGGGAGGAGCUGGUCCUGGCCUCCAGCUCCCGCCACGGCGCCCCCUACCUGCAGAACCAGUACAGCACCCUGAGCAAGCCCUCCCCCCUCACCGGAACCCUGCAGGUGCAGCUGCUGGGCUGCGUCGGGCUGCUGGAGACGGUACCGGGACGCAGCAAGGGCACGGCGGUCACGCUGCCGAGCUACAGCCCCGGAGACUCCCGCUCCUUCAUGAGGGGCAGCAAGGGCCUGUACGGACGCAGCGGCUCCGUCAGCGGGAAGACGCCCAGCAAGACGGACGAGCUGUCCUCGGAGGUGAGCGCCGUGCUGAAGCUGGACAACGCCCUGGUGGGCCAGACGGCCUGGAGGACGGUGGGAGAGCAGGCCUGGGACCAGACCUUCACCGUGGAGCUGGAGAGGUCCCGGGAGAUGGAGAUCGCCGUGUACUGGAAGGAUUACCGCUCGCUGUGCGCGCUCAAGUACCUGAAGCUGGAGGAAUUCCUGGACAACCAGAAACACCGAGUCCAGCUGGAGCUGGAGCCGCAGGGCCUGCUGCUGGCUGAGGUGACCUUCUUCAACCCCGUCAUCGAGAGAGCCCCCCGCCUCCAGAGGCAGAAAAAAGUCUUUUCUAAGCAGCAAGGAAAGGCGUUCCUGCGCGCUCGCCAGAUGAACGUGGACAUCGGGACGUGGGUGCGGCUGCUGAGGAACGCCAUCCCCACCGUGAACAACUCUGGGACCUACAGUCCCAGCGCUCACAGCCUGAGCCUGAACUCCGGGGAGAUCUCAGUGGAGAAGCUGAGUCUGGACAGCGAUUCUCCCGUAAGAGGAGAUUACAAGAAAGACGGGGACACGAACGCUCCGGACCUCAUGCCCGUCAUCGAGCCCCUCUCCCCCCAAGACCUCACCCCCGAGUCCCCCGCCCGCACCCCACCCGUCAACAGUAAACAGAGGAAAGGUCCCCUCUCCCUCCAGGACUUCAGGCUGAUCGCCGUGUUGGGCAGGGGACACUUUGGGAAGGUGUUGCUGUCGGAGUACAAGAAGACGGGGACGAUGUUCGCCAUCAAAGCCCUGAAGAAAGGAGACAUCAUCACCCGGGACGAGGUGGAAAGCCUGAUGUGUGAGAAGCGAAUCUUCGAGACGGUGAACGUGUCGCACCAUCCGUUCCUGGUGAACCUGUUUGCGUGUUUCCAGACGUCGGAGCACGUGUGCUUCGUGAUGGAGUACACGGCGGGGGGAGACCUGAUGAUGCACAUCCACACGGACGUGUUCACGGAGCCCCGGGCCGUGUUCUACGCCGCCUGUGUGGUUCUGGGACUGCAGUUCCUUCACGACCACAAGAUCGUCUACAGAGACCUGAAGCUGGACAACCUGCUGCUGGACACGGACGGCUACGUGAAGAUCGCCGACUUCGGCCUCUGCAAAGAGGGGAUGGGCUUCGGGGACCGGACCAGCACCUUCUGCGGGACCCCGGAGUUCCUGGCCCCCGAGGUUCUGACGGACACGUCCUACACCCGCGCCGUGGACUGGUGGGGGCUGGGGGUGCUGAUCUACGAGAUGCUGGUGGGAGAGUCCCCGUUCCCGGGCGAUGACGAGGAGGAAGUGUUCGACAGCAUCGUGAACGACGAGGUCCGCUACCCGCGCUUCCUCUCCACCGAGGCCAUCGCCAUCAUGAGACGGCUCCUGCGGAGGAACCCCGAGAGGAGGCUGGGGUCCGGAGAGAAGGAUGCAGAGGAGGUGAAGAAGCAGCCGUUUUUCAGAAACGUGGACUGGGAGCUGCUGCUGCAGAGGAAGGUUCCCCCGCCCUUCGUUCCCUCCAUCCGGGGAAAAGAAGACGUGAGCAACUUUGACGAGGAGUUCACCACCGAGGCCCCGACGCUGACGCCGCCCCGCGAGCCCCGCGUCCUCUCCCGCAAGGACCAGGACAGUUUCCGGGACUUCGACUACGUCUCUGACCUCUGCUAGUGGACCCGGACCUGGACCUGGACCCAACACACACACACACACACACACACACACACACACACACACACACACACACGGACGUUUCUGAAGGUUCUGGCCGUCUCUGCCGGAGCGGACCGACGUCCCCCGUCGCUGUGAAUGAAUGUGGACCCCCCGGGGUCAGGUGGUUCCUAACGAUUGUGGAAAAGCAUUUAGCCGUUAUGUGUCUCAUGUCGUCCCUGGACGGCCGUCAGCCCCCCCCUCAGUCAUGUGACCUGUGAUCAUUACCCUGUUACCCCCCCCUCCUCGGUUUAGUCACCUAGCGCAGUGGCCUCUCGCACCGAUCAAUGCCUUACAUUUUUACUUCCACUCAGAAACAUUUCAGUUUUCAUCCGAGGCCGUCGGAACGCAGCCGGGCGAGAGAAACGAUGUGAAGACGAGUAACGACGAGUAACGAGGAGAAUCGACAGAAAACGACGAGAAACGACGGAAACGUUGAGAAACAA